AUGACGGUGGUAGAAAGGGAUGUAAUAAAGGGGUUGGUGCCGUAUGGUGUACUAACGGCCAAGCAUCUUGCGGAUUCAGUGGCGGGCUUCGGUGCUCAGUGUUAUCGCUACGAUACGCGACUGGAGGAAGACACAACUCUCACUGCGCGCGCCGCGUUCGGUUGUGGUCACUCGCCCACCUCCUCGCCUCGUUCACUCGGACGUGCUGCGGCUCCGACUUACACCUCAGUGCUCUGUCACACGGGUAUCCGUAUGCGCGUUUUACCGUACGUCGCGUAG